AUGCUUAGUCAAGUUCAUGGAUUCAAGGAAGCUUAUAAAGAGCUGAUAGCUUAUAUGGACUUAGAGAGAGAAGAGGAAGAGCCAGACAUUGACAAGAGUCAGGAAAUCACAAACCAAAGAAUCUCACCUGAACUAUGCACACAUCGCAUCAUCCUGGAGGAUGAGUCUAGUUCUUCAAUUGAACACCAAAGGAGGCUAAACCCAAACCUAAAGGAAGUUGUCAAGAAGGAGAUAAUGAAGCUAUUGAAAGCUGGAGUGAUUUAUCCAAUAUCAGAUAGUGCAUGGGUCAGCCCUGUACAUGUUGUGCCAAAGAAAGGAGGGAUCACAGUCAUCAAGAAUGAACAUGAUGAGCUCAUUCCAACAAGGACAAUCACAGGACACAGAAUGUGUGUCGACUACAGGAAGCUGAACUCCUCCACGCGCAAGGACCACUACCCCUUGCCAUUCAUAGAUCAGAUGCUUGAGCGCCUUGCCAAUCAUCAAUACUACUGUUUCUUGGAUGGAUACUCAGGAUUUUUCCAAAUUCCAAUCCACCCAGAUGAUCAGGAAAGACUACAUUCACUUGUCCCUAUGGCACAUAUGCUUAUAGGAGAAUGCCUUUUGGAUUGUGCAAUGCUCCAGCUACAUUCCAAAGGUGUAUGA